CAUGAAUGCGACAGCACUCAUUGAAGAGCAACAGGUACAGACUCGAAUGAACUUAACAAGCAAGCAUGGACUUCAUUUUGUUUCAACUGCUUCUGAUAUUCCCAGGCAUUUUAUUGAUUAUUUUCCUCACAGUCUACUUUCUGCAGCCUUCAGCACUGAUUAGAUUUUUGAUAUGGGCUGUGAAAAAUAUAAAUGGCUUGCAAGUGAGAUAUGCUGAACAUAAUGGCUACAAGUUCUGUUACUUGUCCCGUGGGAAACCCGGCGUUCAGCCUUCUGUCUUGAUGCUUCAUGGGUUUGCGCUCAACAAGGACAUGUGGUUAAUCACCCUCAAGAAUUUUCCUAAAAACAUCCAUGUGAUUGCUGUUGAUAUGCCUGGUCAUGGGGAUACCACUUGCUUGCCUGCAGAUAGCUACACAGCGUUUGAUCAAGUUAAAAGGAUACACCAGUUUGUUGAAUGUAUUGGACUGAACGGAAAGCCUUUUCACCUGGUUGGCAUCUCCAUGGGUGGACUGGUUGCUGGGAUUUAUGCUGCUAACUAUCCAUCAGAAGUCUGCUGCCUGUCCCUCCUUUGUCCAGUUGGCUUGAGAUGUCCAACAGAAACAGAGAUCAUGAAGCGUUUGAAGGUGCUGUGUAAAAAUCGUGCCACUGACAACGUUCUUUUUAUUCCCUUGACUAUCCAACAAGGAAAAGACUUGCUCAGAGAUGGUAUAUACAAUCACAUCAAAUUACCUAAACAGAUCAUAAAAGGACUCAUGGAAAUGCGGGAGCCAAACAACAAUUUUUUCUUAAAAUGUUUCUUUGACAUGUUCAGUGAGGAGUCUUUGUAUAGCCUCCAUGACCAAAUGAGCAAGAUCAGGGCUCCAACACAGGUCAUCUGGGGAAAGGAGGACAAGGUGCUGGAUCCAUCUGGAGCAGCAGUUUUAGCUGCAGGCAUUCCUCAUUCCCAAGUGCACAUUCUGGAGAAAUGUGGACAUGCCAUACUGAUAGAUUCCCCCAAGAAAUCUGCAGAGCUUAUGGUGGACUUCCAUACUUCAGUUUCUUAUGUGGAGAAUAAGAAAUUGGCAUAAAUUAAAAAUCAAACACUUAGAAUAUUUUUCUCUUGUAAUCAUCAUGGAUACAAAAGUACUUCCUUGUGUCUUUAUUUCUAUCCAGGAGAGCUUAUGUUACAGUAAACAUAUUAUCUUUAAGUCCCACGAGACUCCUUUUUAAUA